AUGCUUGGGCGGGUUUUACCGUUACUUUUCUUUGUGGUGGCGGUGAGUGAAGCCGAGGAGACGGUUGCCGCUCAUUUAACCACUGAUGAUGCUGGCUAUCUAACAGUGAUUCAAGGCUUCGCUACUCAAUUACAAUGUCUUGUUGAUACAUGCACGGAUAAGGUUCUCUGGUAUAAAGACGAUAUUCUUUUGUUUAAUGGAACCGAAUUUCAAAAAGAUUCUCAUUUGGAUGAGGCUGCUUUCGUGCUCAAUCACAAUGCAGACAUUGAUGAGAAAAGGGGUUGCAGAGAUGAGUGCAAGUCGUCAAGCGAUUGCGAAACGGGAUUCUCUUGUAUAGAGAAUCAGUGUUGUGCUUGUAAAAGAGAAGACUACUCACUAGUCUUGAGAAAUCUCACUUUCGAGGAUAGCGGGCGUUAUCGUUGUCAAAUCUCAAAUACCAGCGAACAACUCGAAUUUCAAGUUGAGGUUCUAGAAUCUGGUUUACGAGGAGGAUUUCAUGAGAAUAUCUCUUAUGAUCACUCGAAAUGUUGUCAAGAUAAAGGGAUCUCAAAUAUGUGUCGAGCAAUGUGUAAACCAUCGGAUAUGGGGAAUUUUCAUUUCGAUCCAACGAGCUGUAAAACGGAUGAUUACAAGAAUUUCUUGUCUUGUGCAACGGAUGGAGGGAAAAGAAGUCAUGUGCAUUGUUGCAAAAUUCAAAUGGUUCCCUCGUUUUGCUAUGAUUUUUGUAGCGCUGAUUUUCAGAUGCUCCGUCGUUCUCAUCGCUUAUGCCUCUACUAUCUUCCCGAAAUCUUCGAAUGUUACAAUCGUGCUUAUCUACCCUAUCCUGAUGCUCCGGAAGACGUGAUGGUGAAUGCGAUCGAGCAUAAUCAGCUUUCCGUUUGCUGGAAACCACCACCAAUCCAGCCAACGAAUAAGGAUUUCCCAGUGAAGAACUACACGGUUUUCUACAAACAAAUCCUAUCUUUCCCCUUCUUUCCCGGACUUGAUGAUUCUGGAAGUGACCUACCUUUCCUUGCUGGCGGAGAUUAUGGAGAGUUGACGGAUAUUAUUGAUGAUGAUUAUGAGAUAAAUGGAGAGAUAAAUGGGGACAAUGUCCCAUCACCGCCCACUCUUCCUCCAGUACCUGCCUUGAGACCGAAAAGAUGGUUGGAGAAGCGAGAAAUCGAAGUGGAGAUUAAUGGGAAACGAGUGAAAAGACAAACGAUGGUGUUAGUGACAAGAGAUGAAUCAUCCAAUACAACAACAGUCAGGGAAUUCAAAUACGAAAAUGUGACGACAAAUGCGACUUGUUUCACGCUAAAGGAUCUCCGAAGCGCCACAAGAUAUUCAAUCUAUGUGACAGCGAGAAAUGACUAUGGAGAAUCAGUGCCUUCACUCCGAAGUGUCACCUUGACGAACGUACACACAAUCACUAAUGGAACCUCUCUCCCCAAUACACCAAAAUGUUGCCGUGAAGCAAAUGUUUCGGAAUUUUGUGCUGCCAAAAUGUGUGAUCCGACUCAAUCUGUCAAUCUUCUCUCAACAAUCUCCAUUUCAACGGGAUGUAGACAAGAAUGGCCAAAGGUCUCUCCUUGCAUUGCCGAUGGACGAAAUCAUACCGAAUGCUGUAAAAAGCUCGGUGUUCAGGCUGAAUGUCUACCGGUUUGUGCUGGAUCGACAGAAGAAUUGAGCAUGAAUGCAAUGCUUUGUCUCAAUCUCGAUUUGAGCACAAUCUAUCAGUGUAUGAGAGAAGGAUAUGAAACCCAUCCCUCUCCACCAAUGAAUGUUACUGUUGAUCAGAUUAAAGAGAAGAGCGUUGUCAUCUCAUGGAGUGAUCCGGCUGCAAACAGUCAUCUUGUCGAGAGUUUCACGAUACUUUUAAAGAGGAAUCUUCAUGGAGCUGAAAUUAAACGAUUUGAAAACGUGACCUCACCCUAUAAAAUCGACGAUUUGGAAAUGGAUGCCUCAUACACGGUUUCUGUCAAAUCUCACUCAUUCAAAGGCACCUCACUCCCAUCGACUGCAAUUCUUUUCCAAACCGCUCCACCAAUGGAUCAAGUUUGCCCAAUAGGUGAACCCUUGUUACUUGAUAGUGGAGCUCGUUUCCGAUGCUCUGACAACUCUCCAUGCCCUCUUAGCUACACUUGCACAGAAUUUGAUGACUCUGGAUAUUGCUGUUUACAACAAAGCGAAACUUCAACAGAUUUCCAUUCGUGUUGCUCGAGUCGAUCACUGAAAGAUGAAUGCCUUGAAACAUGUCUCUACAAUUCGACAUCUUUCCCGGAAACUUGCAUCUCGCAUUUGAAUACGUGGGUUCAAUGCGGAUCUGAGGGACAUGAUCAUAGUAGAUGUUGUGAACAGAGUGGAUUACCGAAAGAGUGCAUGACUGGAUGCAGACAUCCAUUCGAGCUACCUGAAAAUUGCUCUACUUAUACGGAAAAACUUCGAUACUGUUUCGCCACCCAUUUAUCGAGACAACCGACACUUGUCAAGAAUCUGCACACAGUGCGAGUUGGAGAGAAGAAUGUGGUGCUUGUAUGGGAUGCAUCAAUGAAUGCGAAUGAAUACGAAGUUCAGCUCUUCGACAUUGACAAUACAACAAGGAGAAAGAAUGUGACAAAACCGAGAUACGAGAUCACUGAUCUAGCACCAGGACGGGAAUACAAGGCUCGAGUGAUCGCGUUCAAUGUGGCUAGUAGCAGUCCACCAUCGUGGAACAUUAGCUUCAUAACACUACCUGAAGAUUCAAUUGCGAACGAACCUUUGGCUCCAUCGGGUUUAAAAAUCGUUUGGAAUUACGGAACUCGAGUUAAUGUCACAUGGCAAAAAGUGAACAAGAAGAUGGAUGGAUCAGCGUUGGGAGGGAAACCCGAGUACGCUGUCAGCUAUAUUUGUUCAGACCAUGAUAAUACAUGGGCUGUGAUUAAAACGAAUGAAACUUGGGUAGUGUUGACGCAUUUGAUCGAGGAUAAAAGAUAUUUGGUGUAUGUGGUGGCCACAGUGAAAGGACAACCAUCAAAGAGCUCAUCAGUGAUCACCAUUCUUGCGCAACAAGAUUCAAUGGGUUUGCCAGAGCCGACAAUAAAACUGAUGCCAAAUGAAGGAGUGUACAAGAUUGGGGAGAAGAUCACCGUUGAGUGCAGUGUUGAAACGAAUGAGAAAAAUCUUAGUAUCGAGAUUACGUCUGCUGGAAAAAGAUUCCAUAACGAUCGACAAAUGAAUUUCCUUUCUAAAGAGAUCGAGAUAUCAAAGGAAAUCGAUACAAUCGCUUGUUUGGUUUCGGAUAAAGAUGGACGACAAAAUGUGCAAAUGAGAAAUAUCGUUAUUAUAUUUGGUCCAAUCCUUCAAGUGGAUCGAGGAAUCGUGCAUGCUUUUGAUGAUAUGAGUGCCCGAAUCUCUUGCACAGUUUCCGGAUUUCCAAUUCCAAAUGUUCAUUUUGAAAAGGACUCAAAAUCGAUUGGACAUGGUCACGGUGAGGAAAUCAAAAUUCGAAACCCGUCCAUUCACACCUAUCAAUACACGUUGAUUCUUCGAAAUGCAACGAAUCAAGCCGGUCUCUAUCAUUGUAUCGCUGAGAGAAACGGGACACACAGCGAGGGAAUCAUCGAGCUCAUUACCGAGAAACCGAUUGAACUUCCGGUGAAUCCUCGUAAGAUUUUCAAUUGUUGCAAAGAAAAAGGAAUCACUGGUGAUUGCCUUGAGGCGUGUGCUAUUGGAAAGGUUGCGAGCAAUUUGACUUGUAAAGAGCAUGCAAAAUCAAUGUUGAAAUGCGCAGAUGAUGUGAGAGAUCACAGUGAUUGUUGUGUGAUGAAAGGUGUCAAAGGACGAUGUUUGGCGUUAUGUUCGGGAGAUUCGGUGGCUGAGAAUGUCGACUGUACACAGUAUGCUCUUCCAAUCAUGGAAUGCUUCAUAAUCAGUCACGAAUCCAGCCCACAACAACCACAAAAUCUCGACUAUAAACCAAUCGAUACGAAUAAGAUUCGAGUGACAUGGGGUGAUCCAUCUGCCGCGAACAACUUGGUCUUUUACGCUAUCUACUAUAAGAAAAGAGAUACUGAGGAUGAUUUCACAAUGGUGAAGACGGCAACACAAUCGGUGGAACUCAAAGUAGACUCAGAGAGCACUUAUGAAAUUGGAAUCAUCGCCGCCAACGCCUUUGGCCAUUCACCAAUCAAAUUCUUGACAUCUUCUCCAUUUACUUACAGUCGAUCGGAUAGUAACAACUCGUUCCUCUAUAUCGUCUUCUUAUUGGUGGCUUGCAGCAUUGUAGUCAUUGGUAUUAUGCUUCUCGGAAAGAGAAAAAAUUUGGUGCCCGCUAUUUUCAAAAGACAGCAAUUCAACAACAAUGAUCCAACCGUAGCUUUUGAGAAUCCUGCUUUCAACAGCGAGGUGGAGAUUCGCGGUCUAGGUGAUGGGGGUGCGCGAGCAGAGCGCGAGACCGACUGGCACAGUCAAGAUCUGCAGCCUUCUAAUGCAACGGAUCGAAAUGGAAUGCGAUACUCAAAAUUGGAAACA